AUGGUGCCUUCUCUCCUCUACCAUUCCUCCACGCCCGCCUUCUAUCCCACAAACACUGCCCACUCCCUCCUCGUCCUCCGUUUCUCAGCACCCGCCCGAGUCGCAUCCGUUCGUAUCAUCCCAGAAGGCGUCAGAUCGUUGGUCGGCCAAGGUGUAACUUAUCCACAUUCAUGGUCGGGCCAGCUCUUGUUCAAUAUCUCUCCUUCAAAUCCCGUCAAUGCCCUCGUGUCGACUACCAUAGACUAUGAAGGAGGCGACCAUGCUGUGGACUAUCCUAUAGAUAUGCCGGAAGGAACGGUUAGCAGAAUGAUCAUGCUCCGCGCGCCUGUCGAGCAAUUGACGAUUUCAGUCUACGGCUACACCAACCCCUCAGACGAAGCUGCCGUACCCAUCGAAGCGUCAGACAUCUCGUCUAGUGUAUCGUCGUUGGAAGACUACUCCUGGUUAUGGACGUGGGCUGGCGACAGUCCCACAGCGCUAUUAGACUGUCUCUCAUCUUCAGCCGACUCUGCGGAGAUAUCACGAGCCUUGGAAUGUCUCGACUUGCUCGCCGAGACCGACAAGUCCGUUCUCUCAGCCACGCUAGAGAGCGACCAGUACCUCUUCUCCAUCCUGCAACACCCCUCUUCGCCCUUUGCCAAAAAGCUUCUAGACGACUGGACGUACGCGUCUCAACCACCACUCUCCGAGCUUCUCCCCAACGAUCAUCCUUUCAAGCCUCUGCUCCACCCCUCGAGCUCUGAGAGGCAUACUGCAGCCUGGGAGAACCUGAGUAUCGGGGUACCGGCUCUUUCGAGUAUACUGCAACAUCAGACGCAGAUAGAGGAGGAUGACCUUCUUCGGGUAGAGCCGGCGGAACGGAGGAGUAACCUUUCGAGGUUGCUAGAGUUGGGAGAGCGCUUUGCUAAAGAGGAGGAUAGCGAGGGUUUGAGAUUGGUCCUUGAUCUGCUCCAUAAGGCCCAAGUCCAGGAUGUCCUCGUUUGGAGACAAUUGGUGGGAGUCGUCCCAAGGUGGACGACGAUAAGCAACGUCCUGGAUCCCAACUACCAGAGGAGCUUGUCUAUCACAUCAGGAUACGCACGCCAAGUCCUCGCCAAUCUCCUCCUAGCAUCAUCAGAGGUCGUCGGCAAGAAGCUCGCUUUCCCAGAGGCCAAGCGCCUGGCUGGGCCAUACCUUGCGCCGCUCUCCCCCGAUGACCCAUUGCGCACUUGCUUCUCUUCACCUCCCCCUCACCCGUCAACACCUGCUAUGCCCUCCUCAACCGAGUCUGCCUUCCUCCAAACCCUCUCCCAACCUCCUCUUUCCCCAUCACAAUCCUCCAAAACCCCCUCCCUCCCUCUCCCCACCCUCCUCAACCUCCUCGCUCCCCACCUCACCCAAUCCCUCUCAACAGCCAUCUCCCCGCCCUUCUCCAUCCCCCCCUCUUACUGUCGUAUCGAAGGACAAGAAGGCCCGGGGGCAAAUGCGAGUGCUUGGGGAGGGAAGGUGUAUAGUAGUCAUGAGUUUAGGAGCCGGGAGAUGUUUGGCGGAGGGGGGCUGGGCAUUGGAGGGGCUGGCGGAGGGGGGGGGGUGAUUGGGGGGAGGGCGGCUAGUAAGCAUGUGGAUCAGUAUGAGACGGCGUAG